AUGUUAAUUAUUUUCAAUUAUUUGUGUGGAUGCAGUCGCCGAACCUUUGUGGCCUUCGUUCUCUCUCUGCCUCCAUCACGAUCUAAAACCAACUCUCUCAUCAGAGCUUCGAUUUGAAUAGCUUUUGUUUACGUUUUUCGUCUUUCUAUAGCGUCGGAGUAUCAUUUGUUCAUGUAUUUGGGCUUGUAUAUGUUGUGUACACAGUUGCAGUGAAAUAAUUUUGUUAGUUUGGAAGUCAAGAAUUUCUGUUUUUGGUUUUUUUUGUCUUCGGUGAUUUCUGUUUUUUUUUUUGUGUGAUUGCUGGAGUGAACCCGAGCUUUUGGGCUCGGGGAGAUCCGGAUCAUGGCGUCAGAGAAAGAGCUCCAGCUCUGGAGGACUGAUGAGGAACCCGACCCGAACACUUCCUACUUGCAGAAAUUCCGACUCUACGAGACUCGCUCGAACUUUUAUAUGAUAGGAAGAGACAAGAACAGAACUGUCUGGAGGGUGCUAAAGAUUGACAGAUUGGAAACUUCUGAGCUAAACAUUCUUGAAGACCCCACAACGUACUCAGAAAUUGAAUGCUAUGACCUGCUAAGGAGGAUUCAUGAAGGAAACCAGUGUACCGGUGGACUUAAAUUUGUCACCACUUGUUAUGGAAUUGUCGGGUUCAUCAAAUUUCUUGGACCUUAUUACAUGCUGCUUAUUACAAAAAGAAGAAAGAUUGGUGCGAUUUAUGGGCACCCAAUUUAUGGCAUUGCCAAGAGCGAGAUGAUUCCAAUUCCAAAUUCUACUAUGCGGUCCAAAGUGGCUUAUUCUAAGAAUGAGAACAGAUACAAGAAGCUCCUAUGCACGGUGGAUCUUACAAAGGACUUCUUUUUCAGCUACUCCUACCAUGUCAUGCGAAGUCUGCAAAAGAACUUAUGUGAUAAUAAGACAGGAGAAUUCCUUUAUGAAACAAUGUUUGUUUGGAAUGAGUUCUUGACUCGUGGAAUCCGAAAUAACCUCAAGAGUACGAUAUGGACAGUUGCAUUGGUGUAUGGCUUCUUUAAACAGGUCAAACUUUCUGUACCUGACAGGGACUUCAACUUGACCCUAAUUGCUAGACGUUCACGUCAUUAUGCUGGCACCAGAUAUCUAAAACGUGGUGUCAAUGACAAGGGUAGAGUAGCGAAUGACGUUGAGACAGAACAGUUUGUUUUUGAAGAUGCGCCUGAAGGAUACUCUAUGCAAAUAAGUUCUGUUGUGCAAAACCGGGGUUCUAUUCCCCUUUUCUGGUCCCAGGAAACUUCACGAUUGAAUAUCAAACCUGACAUCAUAUUAUCAAGGAAGGACCCCAAGUAUGAAGCCACAAGACUUCAUUUUGAAAAUCUUGUCAAGAGAUAUGGAAAUCCCAUACUUAUAUUGAAUUUAAUUAAGACACGUGAGAGGAAGCCUCGAGAAACUAUUCUUCGUGCGGAGUUUGCAAAUGCUAUCAGAUUUAUUAAUAAAAAUUUAACCGUGGAGAAUCGCCUUAGGUUUCUUCACUGGGACCUACACCGACACUCUACAAGCAAAUCUACCAAUGUGUUGACACAGCUACGAAAAGUCGCUGCCUAUGCAUUGGACGUAACCGGCAUCUUCUAUUGUCAAACAAAUCCAAAUUUAGGGCCAGAGGGAUUAUUAAAUUAUUCAUACUUUGAGAAAAAUUAUGGUGGUGACUGCUCUCUGGAGAACCUUCCCAGCAGGAAUGAUGACUCUGAUAACCUGGCAAAAGAAGUUAGAAAUGAUAGUGCUAGUAAUAAUGCAAAUGGAGACAACAAUGUCAAACCCCCAAUGUUUCAAAAAGGAGUCCUAAGAACCAAUUGUAUAGACUGUUUGGAUCGCACAAAUGUUGCUCAAUAUGCCUAUGGGCUAGUUGCUCUUGGGCGUCAGCUGCAUGCUUUAGGAUAUUUAGAUUCACCAAAUAUUGAUUUAGAUAAUCCACUGGCAGAGGAUUUAAUGGGAAUGUAUGAAACUAUGGGUGACACACUUGCAUUACAAUAUGGUGGUUCUGCAGCACACAAUAAGAUAUUCUCCGAGAGACGAGGCCAGUGGAAAGCAGCAACUCAGUCGCAGGAGUUCUUUAGAACACUACAAAGGUUUUACAGUAAUACCUGCAUGGACCCUGAGAAACAAAAUGCCAUUAAUGUGUUCCUGGGUUACUUUCAGCCACAACCAGGUAAACCAGAGCUGUGGGAGCUGGAUUCAGACCACCAUUACAAUGUUGGGAGGCAUGGCCCUAAUUUGGCUGAUAAGAAUAUUAGGUCAUUUAUCAAAAGAUCACUAUCAGAUGGCAAUAUUCUUUGCAAAAGUGACUCACCUGCAGUGAGCACAGAUGUUGGACACGAGGAGCAUUUGUCUGAGAAAUUGCAAGGAGAAAUUUCAGAAUCCACGCCAGAGAUCUCAACUUGUGAAAGUGAUAUAUCUGAUUGCAGGUUUACUCCUUCAAUGUCUCGUAAGCAGCUCUUUAGAGAUAUGCUGGAGGACCAAUGUCUUGAAAAUGAUCAAAUUUGUUAUGAUGACCAUGGGGAUGCAUGUACUUGCUCAAAUUUUCUUGACGUGGACUGGCUUUCUUCAUCUGGAAAUUCUUGUGAAGAAGAAAUAUACGAAAGGUCUUUCGCCAGCCUUUCAUCCGAAACUGUUGUGGAUGGACUAAACACUACCACAUCUUCAAGUGAGGCUAGAUCCAGCACGAAGGAAAGGGAGCAGACUGGAAAGGAGAUCAGGUACGACGAUGACAUCCGCGCCGAAUUUUCUGAAACUUUUUCCAACUGGGUAACUCGCGGCGAAAUACUGUUCCGCUAAAGUUCGCUUGAAACGUUUUUUUUUCAUUACAUUUUAUUCUCACCAUGAUCUGAUUCAACCCGUCCGAAGGAUGUGGGUUCCGUAAAGAAUAAAUUGGUUAGAUUCCAAUCAAAAGAGGAUACUAUCGGCGUUCGGUGGUGGAUAUAUUAUUCUAGACGACUAAUUCUCGAGUCAUGUAAGAUUUGCAGCAUUUAUUCAAACCCUAAAUUCUCCAGGAAGUACAAGAGUAAAUAUCAAUAGCUACUUCCUUCUCGAGCUCUCAACUUCACCGCAUCUUCUUGGUUCUAAACUGGCGGGAUGUUUGACGUUGUAAAUAUGAUAAUGAAUAACUCUCCACUUCACUGAUUCCUGUAGGUUUUUAGACUCUGAAAGUUUUUGACCUUGUAAAUAUUUAUGAAUAAUAAUCCUCUAUUAAUUCUGAAACAUUCAGCUUUAGAAAUAUUUUGUGUACGACGUGGAAAUACAGAUCUAUGAGAAGCCAGUUGCGAUAACACCAAA